GAGCGGAAGCGCGACUUUGCCCGCACGGUGGCUCCGAAGUUGGACUCUGGUCUCCUCGUGGUCACUCCAUCAGCAUCAGACCCCACGGCGUGGUCGUCCGCGAAGCACGGCAGCACCGGCGAUAUGAGCAAGGAGGUAGUGGAUGCAGCUUUCGAGGAGUUUUCCGUUUGGCUGAAAGCUGAGCUGACGAAGCUGAAGAAGUCGGCAACUGAAGGCUUGUGCGAGCGUGUCGUCGACUUGGUGUCCGUCACCGAAGGCUUCAAGUUUGCGACAGAGAACCAGGUGCCGCCUUUCUUCCCGCAAAUCAAGUUCAUUUUGGUGCUUGGCUCAGAAGGCCAAGUACGAGUCAUUUGGACGGCUUACAUCACCAAUGACCCGAAGCCGAACAUGAGCUGCACUCCCUACAUUCUGAAGCUCGUCUCUGACGAUCUGAAUUCUGAGACUGUGGCCGGGGAGGAUCCUGGGCUGCAAGAGCUCACAGGGCUUGGGCUUCCGGCUUGUGACCACCCAGAGCGGAUGGGGUGGGGAAGGACAACCAGACCAUAA